AUGAGAGAGGAAUAUGCCGUCCUCGAUCGGAUUGGCAGUUUUCUCAGACGGAGCCAUGGCGCCGACAAUCUGCAUGGCACAGAGGACGACGAUGCAGGAGCCGUGCCGCAGUCUAGCAGCCGGGGUGGCUUCUACAACUAUGCCUCCAGAGCCUGGGAUUACCACGUUACCCAAAUCGAGUCUCCGGAUCUUGAACUCCUCCGACAGAUCAGCGAGUUUUUGCCGAGCUACCAGUUUGCCUUCUGGGCCGAGUAUUCUCGAGCGGAUUCGGGACAGCCACUCUGCAAAGACGCCGUCGACUUGAGUGGAUACUUCUCCGAGUCAUAUCUCAAACUCAGCUCUGUGUAUAAGGCCACGGGCGUGGACCUGACCAUGUACCUGGCUCUCCUAAGCCUGGGAGAUUUCUACUUUGAUAUGGGGUUUCCCGAAAAGUUCGCACCAAUCCGGGGCCAAGCAUACCGCGGACUCAACGACGUUCUUGGUCCACGCCAUGUCCUGUCAUUGCGCGCAAAGUCUGACCUCGGCUACGUGCGACUGUACGGCGGCAGGGUGCGGGAUGCGUGGCGAAUCUAUGCCGAGGUUGCUGAUGCCCACAUGGAAGUCUUCGGCCAGGACGACAUCCGCUACUCGAGGCCCUCAUAUACAAGGGCUUGGCAGUAUCUGAGCGCCCAGAUGCGGUAUGCGCUCAGCUUGGCGCAGCUCAACCAGCUCGAUGAUGCGAUCGACCUUUUAUCGGCCAUCCGCCAGCGGAGACGAGACCAGUUCGAUGCUCGGGACACCUUCGCCAGGGUCGUUCAGGUUGCGUUGGCGGAGGUUCUUCGGAUGCUUGACCGCAACACGGAAGCGAUCGAGUACCUCCUCGACACGCUGGAGGAGCGACGGGGUACACAUUCGAUGGGCGAUAUCCUCCGGCUCGACGUUGAGCUUGCGCUCGCCAGCGCGUACAGCGCCGCCGGCAUGAGUCGCGAUGCAGCGGCCAUCGUGGAGGACGCCCUCUUGCUCGCCAGAGAAGACGGGGGAAUCGGGCAAGCCAUCAACCUUCUCCAGGAUACCCUGAUCCAGGCAGAGCGAGAUCAAACUAACCGAGCGCUGCUAUGGAUUCGACUUGAUCUGGCUGCCCUGCUAAGACGGCGGGGCGAUCCAGAUGACGAGGAGGAGGCCGUUCAGUCUUCGACAACACCGUCAAGGAUGUCUCGGGCGAUUGUGCGCCUGGCUUGGUCGAACAGCCGGACCCUCCAAGACUACUCGCCAUAG